CGUUACGUUAGCAAACACUGGGUGGAAUACACACGCAUAAACACACACGGAGACGGAGCUGAGCGGAGAGUAUAAAAGAGCCAUCCUUCCCGCUCUUCUGAGAAGUGCUCUCCUCACUCUCAUCCUCUGCUCACACGCUCAACUUCUCUCCUCAAGAUGACCGCUGGGCUGGGAGUGUGUGUCAUGCUGGCAGUUCUGUGCACAAGCUGCUUGGGGCUCCCCUUCUCCUCGGCCCCCUCCGAUGAGCUCCAACACUCCAUCUCCGCUCCGUCUGAAGUUGCUCUUCCUGAGGCCGACACCCAAAGUUUGGCCGGCGCCCACGCUCGACACAGCCGUUCCACCGCGCAGCUGAAAGACCUCCCUGGAGCUGAGGAGGAUGGAGAUUCACGGGCAAACCUCAGUGAGCUGCUGGCAAGACUCAUCUCCACCAGGAAAGGUUCAGUGCGUAGAAACUCCUCAGCAAACAACAGAGGAGGCGUCCUGCGGGCCAACCACCGGAUAGCGGACAGGGACUACUUGGGCUGGAUGGAUUUUGGCCGCCGCAGCGCCGAAGAGUACGAGUACUCCUCAUAGAGGGGUGGUGUUGCUCCUGUCCCCCCCCUCCGUGCAGGCGCAUGAGAAAAAGCAGGAAAAACUGCUGGCUGGCUCCUCUCUGUCUUAAAUAAGAGUCUGUCUCCGAUGUAUUUGUUGUAAAUUUGGUUGUAAAACUGUAAUAUUGUAAUAUUCUUAUUCCUGUAUGCCAAAUUUUGCAGAAAGCUCUCUUUAGUUUUUUGUUUUUUUGCGGGCAGGGGGGUGUUUCUCCUGAUUCUUAAUCAUUCAGGAUAUAAAGAAGGUGUUUGUGUGGUGAGAUUACAUGAACUGAAUAAAAGAGAAAAAACGGCUUUGCUGCUUUAACACAUGUUUUCAUGUUUUAUUAGAAUUUAAAUGAUCAUAAUCUCAAAAAAAAGAUCGGAGUUGACUCAUAAUUUUGCACUUUUUUUUUUAUUUAUCAGUUUUCCAAGCUUGUCCUUUUUACUGAAAAAGUUCAGAUUAUUCCCCAAACACAGCUCUCUAUGGGAGUUCUCUACAUUCACACUUCGAGAUACUGAGAUGAUUCAAGCUUCAGACAAACGACAAAUAUCUUAGUUUGCUCUUUGUCAUGUAUGAAUGUGUAGAACAGGAGAAAACCCCUCAAAUGUCUCGUUUUAUCCUACAUCCUCCUGAGUGUUUCACUUUGCUUUGAAGCAGUUUAGUUUAGUUUUGUGUUCAAAAUAAAUGACUCUUCAUUUUCUUGA